ACCUGUCGGAUAGUCGGAUAGUCGCGAAUAAGACGAGCCGAUCUAAGAUCAUCGACGACGGCGGCGUCGUCGUCGGCGGACGAGGUCAUCCUAAGCGCUGAGCCGUGGAUCCGUUGUCGGCCGACGUUGUCCGACGACGACGACGAAAUCCACGGACCAGCAGGAAUAAGAGGAGAAGGAGGUAAAAGCCUGUGCUUGGCGAUUCUCGCGAGCCUCCAAAACGCGUACCUCAUCCUCGUGGUCCUCGUGCACCUCGUACUCGUCGGGAGACAUACGACGACGGAGCGGACGUGUCCGCGCCACCGACGAUUACGUCGCGCUCGCUCAUCGCUUAUUGCGUAAAAUUAAUCCGAUUUAGUCCGUGACCUCGCGGAGCGAGAGAUGCGACGUAACCUACAAAUCAAAGCAAAGUACGUAUGCGAGUUGAUACGCGGGAUUCCCCCUCCACCUGUCAUCCGUCGUCUGCUGCAAACUUCAAGUCGAACCGCUCGCGACUCGAGCGUCAUCGAGAGAGAGAGGAGAAACUCCGACGCGUGCAUAAUCAUAAUCGCUCCUUUGAUUUAUGUUCGUUGAUCGAGGAACGACGAACGGAGAAACGGAGUAAAUUCUGACGGGCUCGAAGCGAUAGAUUCGAAUAGGAGGAAAUAGAGGAAUGCGACGCUCUCUCGCAUCUGUCAUCUCGCGUCGUGUCGCGUCGUGUCGUGUCGUGUCGCGUCGCAUCGUGUCGCGUCGCGUCGCGUCGCGGUGAGGCCCAACCCACUUUUUGAUUUGUGCGCCGUUCGGCUCGGCUCGGCUCGCUCGGAGUAAGUCACCGAAAGCGUGAGGUCUCGCGUCGCGGGUGAGGUGAGGUGAAACGAAGCGAAGUGAAUAUGUAUCCGCGGUGAUACUCGGGGCUUGUUUCUCCAGCGAGUGCAUUCGCGGAAGCAGUGAGCGGUUCAUCGGGUACAUCGCGCGCGCGCGCGCGCGUGUCGCCUCGUCCACUGCGUCGAGAGAGAACGACGGAAUAUCUAUAUGUCACCUCUAUAUCUUCGCCCACGACGAUCCAAUGAACUUGGCGCGUCGACAUAACCUUUAAGCCGCGGAGCGACCCCGUCCGCGUUCGUUUCCUACCGAUUUUCUCGCGCGUUUCGCACCCUCGUCGCGGGAGAGACAUUUGACGUUUGACGUUUGACGUUUCUCGGCGUUCCUCCACCGCGGCCUUUUUAAUCCACGACGAGAGCAAUUUCGCUUUUGCGCGACGGUUCGGCGAUACGUCACAAGUGUCACGGCUCUCGUCCGCCGUUUUCAUAUCCCGAUAUCGCCAAUUAUUCAUUUGUACAUCGGCCUGUUGUUUUUAUUCUCGUUAGUAUUAUUACAUAUACAUGCACUACGUGUUUGUUGUAUUGUACUUGACAAUGUUCAGUUUGAUUCUGUUCUGUAUACUUUUGUUUUCGCGAGACGUUAUAUCGAGAAUACAGUCCGUUUUGUAUCUUUGAGUUUUACUUGAGACGUAUUAAUAAAUUUUUUCUUCACGCAACAAAUUUGUGUUUUUAUUUCGUCAAAUUUUACACUCUUAUACGCGUGUCACCCUCCAUUUUUCCUUACAUAUCAAUCUUGCACAGAUGUAUUUGUAAGUAUACAUUUACCAAAAAAUCUUACACUGUAUCAUCUACUUUGUUGUCAUUUUUGCUGAAAUCAUCUGUUUAUUAUCAACGUGUGUCAAAUUUUCAUCUCAUAUCAAACAUUUAAUUUUGUAAUGUUUUAAAAUUGUUAGAAAACAUCUAAUCAGAGAUAUUUCUUACCAUUAAACCUGCGAAACGCGGAUGAGAAUCAAGUUUUUAUUAUUACUUAAAAGUAAUAUAAUACAUGAGCGAUGGUGUACUAAGACAUCGAAACAUCAAUUUGUGGAGGACUAAAUAAUUGAAAGAAUUCUUCAAGAAAAUGAAUAAUCAAGCAUUCAGUUUGGCGGAGAGGCUCAUACCUUCGACUUAUGUACAACAAGGUUUAAACGCUAAAAAAUCUCGCGAAAACCUUAUACGGCAUUUUAUCGAACAUCGAAAAUGGCCAGAGGAGGGUUGGGACGAUGCGACGAUAGAAGCGUUUCUAUCGGAUCUGGCGCAAAUGGAUAGCAAUAAUUUCCCCUCAAAUUGUAGCGUUGGUGAGCGCGAAGCAAGAAUUGUAUCAAACAUUGUCGCGAGACGACACUUUCGUAUGGGACAUGGCAUAGGGAGAUCCGGUGAUUUAGAAGAAGUACAACCCAAAGCUGCUGGUAGCAGUUUAAUGUAUAAAUUAACAAAUUCUUUAGUGCUUGAAGUUAUACGAUAUAUGGGAGUAAAGAGUAUAGCAGGCUGCUUUCUAUCUCCAAUGGCUACAGGAAUGAGCCUAGUUUUAUGUAUGCUAACGCUUAAACAAGACAGACCACGAGCGAAAUACGUUUUAUGGCCUAGAAUUGAUCAAAAAUCUAGCUUUAAAUCUAUAAUCACAGCUGGCUUAGAACCUAUCGUUAUUGAAAUGCAAAUAAUAGGAGAUGAAUUGAAAACCGACAUGCAAAGACUCGAGGCUCAAAUGUCGGCAUUAGGCGAAAGUGUCGCUUGUGUACUUACAACAACCAGUUGCUUUGCACCAAGAGCGUGCGACUCUGUGGAUGCUAUCGCAGCCCUCUGCAGUCAAUAUAAUAUACCGCAUUUGGUAAAUAAUGCAUACGGCUUGCAGAGUACAAGAUGCAUGCAUCUCAUUCAAGAAGCAUCGAGAAAGGGUCGUGUAGAUGCCUUUGUUCAAAGUACGGACAAGAAUUUUCUAGUUCCAGUGGGUGGUGCUAUCAUAGGCUCCUUCGAUAAGAAUCUCUUGGAUCGCAUAUCGAAAAUGUAUCCGGGACGUGCGAGUGCGAGUUCUGUUAUGGACGUAAUGAUAACACUGUUAAGUCUUGGAAUGGCAGGGUACAAACAAUUGAUUGCUCAACGUAAGGAAAUGUAUUCUUAUCUGAAAGAGGAAUUGGGAAAAUUAGCAACGAGGCACGGAGAAAGGCUGUUGGAUACUAAGGGCAAUCCGAUAUCCAUGGCUAUGACUCUUCAAUGUCUAAGUCAUCAGCAUGACAACAAGCAAGUUACUAUGCUAGGAUCGAUGCUAUUUCUGCGUAAUGUUAGUGGUACUAGAGCAAUAACAACAACAGAUUCUAAGCACAUUGUUUCGCAUAAAUUUGAAGGCUGGGGCGCACACAACAGCAAUUACAGAGUUCCAUAUCUAACUGCUGCAGCAGCAUUAGGUAUGAAGAGAUCCGAUGUGGAUGCAUUUAUACAAAGAUUGGAUAAAGCUUUAACAAAAGUAAGGAGGCGUUCAGCGCCAGUAACGCCCACCGCCUCACUCGCCGGUUCCAGCAUCAACGGAGACGCGGCUGGCACGGGUGGACCAGGAGAGUCUAGCACAGCUUCAACCAGCCGUGCAAGUAGUAAAGAUAGUUUGAGAAAAUGAACCGUAAUCAACGCAACUGGCCAGUCUAAUCAGCAUAUUAAUAUCAAUUUGUAAGUAGUUUAUCACUUACAAAUUGGUAUCCGUAGCAUGUUUCUGAGAAAUGUAAUUUGGCACAAUCAUUCGUUUCUAUAUCGAUCACGUGUUCAUAUACUGACAAAAAUAUAAAAUCUGAACCACCACCAAAAAUCUGAAGGGAUUUUUGAAAUUCACAAAUUGUAAUAGAAACAUUUCUUAAGAGAUUUAAGGGAAAACAUGUAAAGACUUUUUUCUGACAUGGUAAUGAAACAAUAUUAAUUACCAAGUUAAGUGAAACAGUGAUUUACAUCCAUUUUCACAGAUACAUGCUAGAUACAAAUAUGCUGAUUUGCCUGACCAUUUGCGUUGAGAUAUUGUCAAUUUAAACCAUACACCAGAAAAAGGUGAGUCAUUUCAAAUAUUAAAGACAUCAUCAAGGUAUUUGAGAAAAAUAAAAAAGAGAAAGCACACGAAGCAUAUUAGGAUUCUUAUGGCUCUAUUUCACAAGAGAUUUAAAUGAAGUUAAGCGCUGGCCGCCGAUUUAAUAAAGUUAAAUGUGUUCUUUGUUGAGAUGUAUAUGCUAUUUAUUUAUUAAAAGAUAACACACGCAAAUGAGAAUAUAGAAAAUGCUGAAUUCUUAUUUUAUUUUCUUUCACGUUUUUGCGCUUUUUGAUAUAGUUUGAUAUAAAGGUAUAAGAUAGAAAGAAAGAGAAAAAUGUAUUAAAAUAAAUUAUAUUCUUGCGUGCUUCAUAAUUUUUUUUUUCAAGGAGCAACUAUAAAACUUGCAAUUCUAUCAAUACAUGUAGCAAGAUUAAUUAUUCGCUAAUCGUUUAUAUUUGUCGUAAUAUUAUAUCCUUUUGAUUUUUUCAAAGCAAUUCUUUUAUUCAUAUAUGCUUAAUGAAAUUGAUUUUUUAUUAAUUAAUUGGUAUUCAUUUUUUGUAUGAUAUAUAAUUUAUUAUGUUUAAAUGCAGAGAUUUUGCAUAUAAAAUCAAUCUUUUUCCUUCUUAUUUAAACGUUAAAGAACAUAUUUGUGUUUAUAACGUUAAUAAAAAAACAUAUUAUCUGUGAAAAAGAAAACUGUAGCGAAAUAUUUAUGUGAAAAUAAUACACUAUUAUAUAAGAAAGAGAGAGGAGGGAGAAGAAAGAGAAAAAAUGGGAAGGGGAGAGGAAUAGAAUGACAAAAUUUAGAAAUGCAUAGUAAACACAAUAACACAAUAUGAUAUACGAAAAUGUUGCAUCGGAUUUGCAGAAACUGUAAUAUCUUCGUAUAUAUAGAUAUUGUAUGUUGGUUGUUCUAAAAAGAUAAAAAGUUGGGACAUAAUAUUGUAUUACUGUUUUGUUUUCAAUACAAAUAGUGUUAUUUUUAAUUGUACUGUUGUGUAAUAAAUAGAGUAUAUCUGAGCUAGGAGUAUGUUAUGUGAAUAUAAAUAUUGUUUGAAAUAUUUAACACAAUUUAUAAGCGCAAAUUGAUAACAUUAAUACACCCCAAUUAAUUUACACACAUAUAUUUAUAUAUACAAAAAAGAUAAUUCAUAUUUGCACAAUUUAUUGCAUAUAAAAGAUAGUUUAUUUAAAGUUUUAUGCAGUUUAGAAAAUCAUAUAUCAGAGUUAUGUGUAUUUAUGAAUAUUUAAUGAAGAGAUGAAGAAAGAGAAAAAAGAAAUUGAUAGCGGGAUUUUAUAUACACGCAUACACAUAAUCCCCCUAUCAAUAUCACAUUAAUAUUGUUAAAAUUUUAUCUAGCAUAUAUAUAAUUUAUGUGCCUAACACACCUUCUUUCUUAGAUUAGAGACAUAUAUUGAUUAAUUGUAUUAUAUGAUUAAAAUUUUUGUAGAGUAUAUUUUACGUUUAACAGUAUAAAAUUAUUAGAGUAUCUGAUUGAUGAUAUAUCGAUAAUAGUGCACGAUUCUAAAUUGUCAAAAUUUUCGAAAUAUAUUAUCAUAAUGAGCAAGAAGAAGCAGUGAUACACACACAGAUUAGCAUUUAAUUAAAUGCUUAGUUGUGAUAGCUUAUUAGAAUGACAAAUAUUAAUCGAGAUUUUGUGCGAUAAGCUCCUAGUAAUAAUUAUCAUUAUUCGAUACAUUAUCCUAUUACUAAUUAUAGAUUCAUAUUCUUAAAUUAUUACAGUUACUAUGUGUCCUUUUUAAAAAAACACUUCUUUAGUAUAUAUGUAAGUACACUUUUCUUUUUUUAAAUUUGUUGACAAUUUACAGUGUUCUAUAAAAUUCUUAUCUAUAACUCUUUCCUUUUAUUCGUGGAUUGUGUUUGACAAUUUUUAGAACCUUUGAUUUUUCAAAAUCGGUCAGAGAAUCUAUAUGUUAAAUAUCAUCCAAUAUGUUGCACAUUCCAGCUUUAAAUUAAAUAUUUCUUUUCAAUUAUUCGUUUUUAUCUUACAAGAAUGAAUAUUAUAUAUACAAAAGAAAUCUAAGAUGUAGUAAAAGAAAUUGCAAGAUUACUGUUAUAAGAUGAUCGGAUAUAUAAUGCUAUAAUAGGAAAUAUGUACAUUGUGUGACGUUAUAUUAUUUAAUAAAGAAGAAUAUAUGUAUAUAAACAUA